AUGUCUGACAAGAUGUCUAGUUUUCUACAUAUUGGAGACAUUUGUUCUCUGUAUGCGGAAGGAUCGACAAAUGGAUUUAUUAGCACCUUGGGCCUGGUAGAUGACCGCUGUGUUGUACAGCCUGAAGCUGGGGACCUUAACAAUCCACCUAAGAAAUUCAGAGACUGCCUCUUCAAGCUAUGUCCUAUGAAUCGCUACUCUGCCCAGAAGCAGUUUUGGAAAGCUGCAAAGCCAGGGGCCAACAGCACAACAGAUGCAGUGCUGCUCAACAAGCUCCACCAUGCUGCAGACUUGGAAAAGAAGCAGAAUGAGACAGAAAACAGGAAAUUGCUGGGGACCGUCAUCCAGUAUGGCAAUGUGAUCCAGCUCCUGCAUUUGAAAAGUAAUAAAUACCUAACUGUAAACAAGAGGCUUCCGGCUCUGCUAGAGAAGAACGCCAUGAGAGUGACGCUGGAUGAGGCUGGGAAUGAAGGGUCCUGGUUUUAUAUUCAGCCAUUCUACAAGCUGCGAUCCAUUGGAGAUAGCGUGGUGAUAGGCGACAAAGUUGUUCUGAAUCCCGUCAAUGCUGGCCAGCCCCUACAUGCAAGCAGCCAUCAACUGGUGGAUAAUCCAGGCUGCAAUGAAGUCAAUUCUGUCAACUGCAAUACAAGCUGGAAAAUCGUCCUUUUCAUGAAAUGGAAUGAUAACAAAGAUGACAUAUUAAAGGGAGGUGAUGUGGUGAGAUUGUUCCAUGCUGAGCAGGAAAAGUUUCUCACCUGUGACGAGCAUAGGAAGAAGCAGCAUGUCUUCCUGAGGACCACUGGUCGGCAGUCGGCUACAUCAGCCACUAGUUCCAAAGCCCUGUGGGAGGUGGAGGUUGUUCAACAUGACCCUUGUCGGGGUGGAGCAGGGUAUUGGAACAGCCUCUUCCGUUUCAAGCAUCUGGCGACAGGACAUUACUUAGCAGCAGAGGUGGACCCUGAUCAAGAUGCAUCUCGAAGUAGGUUACGGAAUGCUCAGGAGAAGAUGGUGUACUCCCUGGUGUCUGUGCCCGAAGGGAAUGACAUCUCCUCUAUUUUUGAGCUUGACCCCACCACACUGCGUGGAGGUGAUAGCCUUGUCCCAAGGAACUCCUAUGUCCGUCUCAGACACCUGUGUACCAAUACCUGGGUUCACAGCACAAAUAUCCCCAUUGACAAGGAAGAAGAAAAACCCGUGAUGCUGAAAAUUGGCACUUCUCCUGUGAAGGAAGAUAAGGAAGCAUUUGCUAUAGUUCCAGUGUCUCCUGCUGAGGUUCGGGACCUAGAUUUUGCCAAUGAUGCCAGCAAGGUGCUGGGCUCUAUAGCUGGGAAGCUGGAGAAGGGCACCAUCACCCAGAAUGAAAGAAGGUCUGUAACCAAGCUGCUGGAAGACUUGGUUUACUUUGUCACUGGUGGAACUAACUCAGGUCAAGAUGUGCUGGAAGUGGUCUUUUCCAAGCCCAACAGAGAAAGACAAAAGCUGAUGAGAGAACAGAAUAUUCUCAAGCAGAUCUUCAAGUUGCUACAGGCCCCAUUCACAGACUGUGGGGAUGGCCCUAUGCUUCGUCUGGAGGAGCUUGGGGACCAGCGGCAUGCCCCUUUCCGACAUAUCUGCCGGCUGUGUUACAGGGUCCUGAGACACUCACAGCAAGACUACAGGAAGAAUCAGGAAUAUAUAGCCAAGCAGUUUGGCUUCAUGCAGAAACAGAUUGGUUAUGACGUGUUGGCAGAAGACACCAUCACCGCCCUGCUCCACAAUAACCGAAAACUCCUGGAGAAGCACAUCACCGCAGCGGAGAUUGACACGUUUGUUAGUCUGGUGCGGAAGAACAGGGAGCCCAGAUUCCUAGAUUACCUCUCUGACCUCUGUGUCUCAAUGAACAAAUCAAUUCCUGUAACCCAGGAACUGAUAUGUAAAGCUGUGCUGAAUCCAACCAAUGCCGAUAUCCUGAUUGAGACCAAGUUGGUUCUUUCUCGUUUUGAAUUUGAAGGUGUUUCUACUGGGGAGAAUGCUCUGGAGGCAGGAGAGGAUGAGGAAGAGGUGUGGCUGUUUUGGAGGGACAGCAACAAAGAGAUUCGUAGUAAGAGUGUCAGGGAACUGGCACAGGACGCUAAAGAAGGACAGAAGGAAGACCGAGAUGUUCUCAGCUACUACAGGUAUCAGCUGAACCUCUUUGCCAGGAUGUGUCUGGACCGCCAGUACCUGGCCAUCAAUGAAAUAUCAGGCCAGCUGGACGUGGAUCUCAUUCUCCGCUGCAUGUCUGAUGAGAACCUGCCCUAUGACCUGCGGGCAUCCUUCUGCCGACUCAUGCUUCAUAUGCACGUGGACCGAGAUCCCCAGGAACAAGUCACUCCUGUGAAAUACGCCCGCCUCUGGUCGGAGAUUCCCUCUGAGAUCGCCAUCGAUGACUACGAUAAUAGUGGAACUUCCAAAGAUGAAAUCAAGGAGAGGUUUGCACAGACCAUGGAAUUUGUGGAGGAAUAUUUAAGAGAUGUGGUUUGCCAGAGGUUUCCUUUCUCUGAUAAGGAGAAAAAUAAGCUCACAUUUGAGGUUGUAAAUUUAGCGAGAAAUCUGAUAUACUUUGGUUUCUACAACUUCUCUGACCUCCUACGAUUAACCAAGAUUCUUCUGGCCAUAUUAGACUGUGUUCAUGUGACAACUAUCUUCCCCAUUAGCAAGAUGGCUAAAGGAGAAGAGAAUAAAGGUAAGAAUGAUAUGGAGAUGGUAAAGAAUAGUAAUGUGAUGAGAUCCAUUCAUGGAGUUGGAGAGCUGAUGACUCAAGUGGUGCUCCGUGGAGGAGGCUUUUUGCCCAUGACUCCCAUGGCUGCUGCCCCAGAAGGCAAUGUGAAGCAGGCAGAGCCAGAGAAGGAGGACAUCAUGGUCAUGGACACCAAGCUAAAGAUCAUUGAAAUACUCCAGUUUAUUUUGAAUGUGAGAUUGGAUUAUAGGAUCUCCUGCCUCCUGUGUAUAUUUAAGCGGGAGUUUGAUGAAAGCAAUUCCCAGACCUCGGAAACAUCCUCCGGAAGUAGCAGCCAAGAAGGGCCAAGUAAUGUACCAGGUGCUCUCGACUUUGAACACAUUGAAGAGCAAGCAGAAGGCAUCUUUGGAGGAAGGAAAGAGAACACCCCCUUGGACUUGGACGAUCAUGGUGGCAGGACCUUCCUCCGAGUCUUGCUCCAUUUGACGAUGCACGACUACCCACCCCUGGUGUCAGGGGCCCUGCAGCUGCUCUUCCGGCACUUCAGCCAGAGGCAGGAGGUGCUCCAGGCCUUCAAGCAGGUUCAACUGCUUGUUACCAGUCAAGAUGUGGACAAUUACAAACAGAUCAAACAAGACUUGGAUCAGCUGAGAUCCAUCGUGGAAAAGUCAGAGCUCUGGGUGUACAAAGGACAGGGCCCAGAUGAGGCAAUGGAUGGCCCAUCUGGUGAAAAUGAGCAUAAGAAAACAGAGGAGGGGAAUAACAAGUCACAAAAGCAUGAAAGCACUAGCAGCUACAACUACAGAGUGGUAAAAGAGAUUUUGAUUCGACUUAGCAAACUCUGUGUCCAAGAGAGUGCCUCGGUCAGGAAGAGCAGGAAGCAACAGCAGCGGCUGCUGCGGAACAUGGGCGCCCACACCGUGGUGCUGGAGCUGCUGCAGAUCCCCUAUGAGAAGGCUGAAGACACCAAGAUGCAGGAGAUAAUGAGGCUGGCUCAUGAAUUCUUGCAGAAUUUCUGUGCAGGCAAUCAGCAGAAUCAAGCUCUGCUACACAAACACAUAAAUCUGUUUCUCAACCCAGGGAUCCUGGAGGCGGUAACGAUGCAGCACAUUUUCAUGAACAAUUUCCAGCUUUGCAGUGAGAUCAACGAGAGAGUUGUUCAGCACUUCGUUCACUGCAUUGAGACCCAUGGUCGAAAUGUCCAGUAUAUCAAGUUCUUGCAGACUAUUGUCAAGGCAGAAGGAAAAUUCAUUAAGAAGUGCCAAGACAUGGUCAUGGCUGAGCUGGUCAACUCAGGAGAGGAUGUACUUGUAUUCUACAAUGACAGAGCCUCUUUCCAGACUCUGAUCCAGAUGAUGAGAUCAGAGCGGGACCGCAUGGAUGAGAACAGCCCUCUCAUGUACCACAUCCACUUAGUAGAGCUCCUGGCCGUGUGCACGGAGGGCAAGAAUGUGUACACGGAGAUCAAGUGCAACUCCCUUCUGCCACUGGAUGACAUCGUCCGCGUGGUAACCCAUGAGGACUGCAUCCCUGAGGUUAAAAUUGCAUACAUUAACUUCCUGAAUCACUGCUACGUGGACACUGAGGUAGAAAUGAAGGAGAUCUACACUAGCAAUCACAUGUGGAAGUUGUUUGAAAAUUUCCUUGUGGACAUCUGUAGGGCCUGUAACAACACAAGUGACAGGAAACACGCAGACUCCAUUUUGGAGAAGUAUGUGACCGAAAUUGUCAUGAGUAUUGUUACUACCUUCUUCAGUUCUCCCUUCUCAGAUCAGAGUACAACUCUGCAGACUCGUCAACCAGUCUUUGUGCAACUGCUGCAAGGUGUGUUCAGAGUUUACCAUUGCAAUUGGCUAAUGCCGAGCCAGAAAGCCUCUGUGGAGAGUUGUAUUCGGGUACUCUCGGAUGUAGCUAAAAGCCGAGCCAUUGCCAUCCCUGUGGACCUGGAUAGCCAAGUCAACAACCUCUUUCUGAAAUCCCAUAACAUUGUCCAGAAAACAGCCAUGAACUGGCGGUUGUCAGCCCGCAAUGCUGCUCGCAGAGACUCUGUCCUGGCUGCUUCCAGAGACUACCGGAAUAUCAUUGAGAGAUUGCAGGAUAUCGUCUCAGCGCUGGAGGACCGGCUUAGGCCCCUUGUGCAGGCAGAGCUGUCUGUGCUUGUGGAUGUUCUCCAUCGCCCUGAGCUGCUGUUUCCAGAGAACACAGAUGCCAGAAGAAAAUGUGAAAGUGGGGGCUUCAUUUGCAAGUUAAUAAAGCAUACCAAACAGCUGCUAGAAGAAAAUGAAGAGAAGCUCUGCAUUAAGGUGCUACAGACCCUCAGAGAGAUGAUGACCAAAGAUAGAGGCUAUGGAGAAAAGCUAAUUUCCAUUGAUGAAUUGGAUAAUGCUGAGCUGCCACAAGCUCCGGACGCGGAGAACUCCACAGAGGAGCUUGAACCAAGUCCGCCACUGAGGCAACUGGAAGACCAUAAAAGGGGUGAGGCGCUCAGGCAAAUUUUGGUCAACCGUUACUAUGGAAACAUCAGACCUUCAGGAAGAAGAGAGAGCCUUACCAGCUUUGGCAAUGGCCCGCUGUCACCAGGAGGAUCCAGCAAACCUGGGGGAGGAGGAGGAGGAUCUGGGUCCAGCUCCAUGAGCAGAGGUGAGAUGAGCCUGGCUGAGGUUCAGUGCCACCUCGACAAGGAGGGAGCCUCCAAUCUGGUCAUUGAUCUCAUAAUGAAUGCAUCCAGUGACCGAGUAUUCCAUGAAAGCAUUCUCCUGGCCAUUGCCCUUCUGGAAGGAGGCAACACCACCAUACAGCACUCCUUUUUCUGCCGGCUGACAGAAGAUAAGAAGUCGGAGAAAUUUUUCAAGGUUUUCUAUGACCGAAUGAAGGUUGCCCAACAAGAAAUCAAGGCAACAGUGACAGUGAACACCAGUGACUUGGGAAAUAAAAAGAAAGAUGAUGAGACAGACAAGGAUGCCCCUUCACGUAAAAAAGCCAAAGAGCCCUCCACACAAAUAACAGAGGAGGUCCGAGAUCAGCUCCUGGAGGCCUCUGCUGCUACCAGGAAAGCCUUCACUACUUUCCGGAGAGAGGCUGACCCUGAAGACCACUACCAGUCAGGGGAGGGCACCCAGGCCAACACCGACAAGACUAAGGAUGACCUGGAGAUGAGUGCAGUCAUCACCAUCAUGCAGCCCAUCCUCCGCUUCCUGCAGCUCCUGUGUGAGAACCAUAACCGAGACCUGCAGAAUUUCCUUCGUUGCCAAAAUAACAAGACCAACUACAAUUUGGUGUGUGAGACCCUACAGUUUCUAGACUGUAUUUGUGGAAGCACAACUGGAGGCCUUGGUCUUCUCGGAUUGUAUAUAAAUGAAAAGAAUGUAGCACUGAUCAAUCAAACCCUGGAGAGUCUGACCGAGUACUGCCAAGGACCUUGCCAUGAGAACCAGAACUGCAUAGCCACCCAUGAAUCCAACGGCAUCGACAUCAUCACAGCCCUGAUCCUCAAUGACAUCAAUCCUUUGGGAAAGAAGAGGAUGGACCUUGUAUUAGAACUGAAGAACAAUGCUUCAAAGUUGCUUCUGGCCAUCAUGGAGAGUAGGCACGACAGUGAGAAUGCAGAGAGGAUCCUUUAUAACAUGAGGCCAAAGGAACUGGUGGAAGUGAUCAAGAAGGCCUACAUGCAAGGUGAAGUGGAAUUUGAAGAUGGGGAAAAUGGCGAGGAUGGAGCUGCCUCCCCCCGGAACGUGGGGCACAACAUCUACAUAUUAGCUCAUCAGUUGGCUCGGCAUAACAAAGAACUCCAGACCAUGCUGAAGCCUGGUGGUCAGGUGGACGGAGACGAAGCUCUGGAAUUUUAUGCCAAGCACACGGCACAGAUAGAGAUCGUCAGAUUAGACCGAACGAUGGAGCAGAUUGUCUUCCCAGUUCCCAGCAUAUGUGAAUUCCUAACCAAAGAGUCAAAGCUACGAAUAUACUACACUACAGAGAGGGACGAGCAGGGCAGCAAAAUCAAUGAUUUCUUCCUGCGGUCUGAAGACCUCUUUAAUGAAAUGAACUGGCAAAAGAAACUGAGAGCCCAGCCGGUUCUGUAUUGGUGUGCCCGCAACAUGUCCUUCUGGAGCAGCAUUUCCUUUAACCUGGCUGUCCUGAUGAAUUUGCUGGUGGCGUUUUUCUACCCAUUUAAAGGCGUCCGAGGAGGGACUCUGGAGCCACACUUGUCAGGCCUGCUGUGGACAGCCAUGCUCAUCUCCUUGGCUAUCGUCAUUGCUCUCCCUAAGCCCCAUGGCAUCCGGGCAUUAAUUGCUUCCACAAUCCUCCGGUUGAUAUUUUCAGUUGGGUUACAACCCACAUUGUUUCUUCUGGGUGCUUUCAAUGUCUGCAAUAAAAUCAUCUUUCUGAUGAGCUUCGUGGGAAACUGUGGAACGUUCACCAGAGGCUACCGAGCCAUGGUCCUUGAUGUGGAAUUCCUUUAUCACUUGUUGUAUUUGCUGAUAUGUGCCAUGGGGCUCUUUGUCCAUGAAUUCUUCUACAGUUUGCUGCUUUUUGAUUUAGUGUACAGAGAAGAGACUCUUCUUAAUGUCAUUAAAAGUGUCACUCGCAACGGACGGUCCAUCAUCCUGACAGCGGUUCUGGCCCUGAUCCUGGUUUACCUGUUCUCCAUAGUGGGCUAUCUUUUCUUCAAGGAUGAUUUUAUCCUGGAAGUAGAUAGGUUGCCCAAUGAAACAGCUCUCCCAGAUGCCAGUGAGAGUUUGGCAGGCGAGUUCCUGUACUCGGAUGUGUGCAGGGUGGAGUCUGGAGAGAACUGUUCCUCUCCUGCACCCAGAGAAGAGCUCAUCCCUGUGGAAGAACUGGAACAAGAUAAGGAGCAUACAUGUGAGACACUGCUGAUGUGCAUUGUUACUGUACUGAGUCACGGGCUGCGAAGUGGGGGCGGAGUAGGAGAUGUGCUCAGGAAGCCAUCCAAAGAGGAGCCCCUCUUUGCAGCUAGAGUGAUUUAUGACCUCUUGUUCUUCUUCAUGGUCAUCAUUAUCGUCCUAAAUCUGAUUUUUGGGGUCAUCAUUGACACCUUUGCAGACUUGAGGAGUGAGAAGCAGAAGAAGGAAGAAAUCUUAAAGACCACAUGCUUUAUCUGUGGUUUGGAGAGAGACAAGUUUGACAACAAGACAGUCACCUUUGAAGAGCACAUCAAGGAAGAACACAAUAUGUGGCACUAUCUUUGCUUCAUCGUUCUAGUGAAAGUGAAGGACUCCACAGAAUAUACAGGCCCUGAGAGUUAUGUGGCAGAAAUGAUCAAGGAACGAAACCUUGAUUGGUUCCCUAGGAUGAGAGCCAUGUCCUUGGUCAGCAGUGAUUCUGAUGGAGAACAGAACGAGUUGCGGAACCUGCAGGAGAAGCUGGAGUCCACCAUGAAGCUGGUCACUAACCUUUCUGGUCAGCUGUCAGAAUUAAAGGAUCAGAUGACAGAACAAAGGAAGCAGAAACAAAGAAUUGGUCUUCUAGGACAUCCUCCUCACAUGAAUGUCAACCCACAGCAACCAGCAUAAGUCAAUGAAGUCAAGGAGCUGUAUUUACCUUUUUUUAAUUAUUAUUAGUGUGGGUAUGGCUAACUAGUUCUGAUUCACCCACAAAGACUACAUUUAUGCUUAGUACAUUUGUAAAUACUCAGUUUUAUACUGUAUGUAUAUGAUUGCUACCCUACAGGUCUGGAUAUACGUAUUGUAAUUAGAAUUGUUGGCACGAUGAGAUUUCAUUCCUGCCAAAAAUAUUAAAAAUGCCUUUUUUGGAAGGACUGAAGAAAGCACCUGAUUUGCACUUGAACCAGAUUACAGAUUUAAAACUAUUAUGACAUGUAUUUUGUAUUUAAAACUAGAAUAGCCAGUAUUUAUGGUUUUUUUUUUUUAAUAUAUAAAACUGCAGUAUGAAUUAUGCAAUCAAAAUAAAUUUGUAACUCCUGACAGUCCUCGAGGGAGUACACAUCUUUGAAGCCAGUGUGUUAACACUGUGUAAUAAAUGGUUAAACAGCAAAUGAUGCUGCUGCCAAAACUAUAUUAAUAAAUAGCGAGUUUCAGGCCCCCGGGCAAUUUGUACCAUGAAAUUAUCCUGUGGUGAUGCCAUUUUCAUUGCUAGUGGCGUUAGUGCCUCUGUCUCAUAGUGAUAAUGCUCCAAGUCUAUGAACUGUUAAAUCAGCAUUCAUUUU